CGAUCAGCAUUUCCCAACCCGUGGCCUUCAAAUUCCAGACGGUCCUAACUACUGCUAACUGCCCACGACUGCCCAGAAUUGUCUGACUGAGUGCUACCGCUGCAUGUGAAAUAUGGUGGACUUAUAAGGUUCCUAAGAGGACUUUUGAAAAGGGAGAGAAACACUGGCUUAGGUUAUGGAAUUACAUAAUGCCAAGCUAUAAACUCACAUAUUUUAAUAUGAGGGGGAGAGCUGAAAUCAUUCGUUACAUAUUUGCAUAUUUGGAUAUAAAAUAUGACGACCACAGAAUAGAAUACGCUGAUUGGCCUGAAGUCAAACCAACUCUCCCAUUUGGCAAAAUCCCCAUUUUGGAAGUCGAUGGAGUUUAUCUUCACCAGAGCCUAGCAAUAGCAAGAUACUUGACCAAAAACACAGAUUUGGCUGGGAAAACAGAACUGGAGCAGUGCCAGGUCGAUGCUGUUGUGGACACACUGGACGACUUCAUGUCACGGUUUCCCUGGGCUGAGAAAAAACAAGAUGUAAAAGAGCAGAUGUUUAAUGAGCUCCUUACAUGUGAUGCACCUCAUCUUCUGCAAUAUUUGGACACAUACUUGGGGGAAAAAGAGUGGUUCAUUGGUAAUUCUGUAACUUGGGCAGAUUUCUACUGGGAAAUCUGCAGUACUACACUUUUGGUCUUUAGACCUGACUUGCUGGACGUUCAUCCCAGGCUGGUGGCAUUACGGAAGAAAGUCCAAGCCAUUCCUGCCAUUGCUGACUGGAUACAACGAAGGCCUCUAACCAGACUGUAGGAGACGCCCGCUGCCUCCACUUGGUUGUUCCUUACAGCUUUGCUGCCCUCAGAUAAGAAGCUGCAUGAGCCUGCCUGCACACACUGCACCCCCACCAAGGCUUUCACCUCUGCCAUAUUCUGCUUGAAAAGAAAAAAAAAAGAGCAGUUAGUUGCCAGUAUCUUUUUUUUUUCCCUUCCGAGAAUAGUUUCACAUCAUUUACAACUGAGGAAAAUUAGUUUAAACCAGGCCUUGCUUUGCACAGGUUCUCACAUGCAUAAAUUUCAGUCACAAUAGCUUAUUAAAUAACAUAUUCUCCCCCAAAAUGGUUUGGACUUCAGUUACCAUGGUGUAUUAACAGUGGGUAAUUGCAUCAAGUAUAAACUUUGCUGCUAGCUAUUCAGUCCACAAAUCACUAUGUAAAUAAGGUGCACAGCAUGACCAUGACCGCUGAAGUCACUUCUUUCAAAGUCUGCUGUUAGGACUGGGCACUGCACACCUGUUUGUUAUUCACGCACCAACAGUCAAGUGUGUGGCAGCACUGUCUGCAUGCUUCUCAGUGACAAAGCAUCUUGACAUUUUAUGCAAAUGAGUAAUUGAAAAAGGGAACUCACCAACAAAGAUGAAAGUGCAGAAAAGAAAUGAAAAGUGCUAAUAAUGGGGUGAAAUUCAAAUUGAACAUAAAUGGAAAGAGCUGUGAGAAUGCUGACACGGAUGCAGGUCAACGGCCUCCAGACUCUAGCUGUGCAGCCGGCAGAACUGGGCGAGGCGCCCUCACCAACACAGAGGAGGACAGUGCUUGAGACAAAGACGAAGACAUCCCAGGGAAAGUGAGACGGGUAUAAAACUUCAUAUCAAAAGAAUAAGAAGAUACGCCACAGAUUGGGAGAAAAUAUUUGUAAGACCUAUCCUAUGAUAAAGGACUAUUAUCCAAAAAUAUACAAAGAGCUCUUAAAAGUCAACAAUAAAAUAAGUAAUCCAAAUACAAAAAGGACAAAACACCCGAGCAGACACCUCACCAAAGAUAUAGAUGGCAAAUAAACAUGUGAAAAGAUGUUCAAUAUCAUGUAUUACUGGGGAAUUGCAAACAAAAGUGAGAUACCAUACAUACCUGUUAGAAUGGCAAAAAUUCAGAACACCGCCACCACUGAAUGCUGACAGAGAUGCAGAGCAACAGGAAGUUUUACUCACUGCUGAUCCGAUUGCAAAAUGGUAGAGAUUGCUUGUCAGUUUCUUACAAAACUGAACAUACUCUUACCACAGGAUCCAGAAAUUGCACUAUUUGAUAUUUAUUCAAAAAGGAAUUGAAAAAAUGUCCACAUAAAAACCUGCACAUAGAUUUUGAUGGAAGCUUUAUUAUAAUUCCCAAACUUGGAAGCAGACCAAGAUGCCUUCAAGUAGGUGAGUAGGUAAGUAAAUGUGCCACAUCCAAAGAAAUAUUAUCUACUUAAAAAAAAAGAGAGCCACCAGGUCGUGCAAAGAAAAGACACAGGGGAAAUGUAAAUGCAUAUUACGAAGUGGAAGAAGCCAAUCUAAGGUGACUGCAUACUGGCUCACCGUUGCUCUCAGGAGCACACCUGUCCUUUUGCCAUCUCUCUCCUUUCCCCUCCAGACACGUUAACUUUGCCUCUCUCCCCUAAGCUCCAAGCACCUUCUGCCUCUGUAUCUUAUUUCCUAAACCUAUGCAGCCCAGACAGGUGACUUCCACCACUUCUGUACUUUACUAAAUAAACUUCCUUAUAGGUAAUUUGAAAAAACAAAAUGACUGAAUACUGUAUAAUCACAGCUAUAACAUUCUGAAAAAGGCAAAACUAUGAAGACAGUAAAAAGAUCAAUGUUUCUAGGGGCUAAGGAGGGAGGGAUGAAUAGGUACAAAGGAUUUUCCCAUCAAAAUCUUUGAAUGAGCCCUGGCUGGCGUAGCUCAGUGGAUUGAGCGAGGGCUGGGAACCAAAGUGUCAGGUUCAAUUCCCAGUCAGGGCACAUGCCUAUGUUGCAAGCCAUGGCCCCCAGCAACUGCACAUUGAUGUUUCUCUUUCUCCCUCCCUUCCCUCUCUAAAAAAUAAAAUCUUUUAAAAAAAUUGCUUUGAAUGGUGGAUUGCUUUGAAUGCUGGAUUUGCCACUAAGAAUGAACCCUAAUAUAAACUACGGACUUUGGGUGGUUAUGAUAUCAAUGCUAGUUCUUGUUUUGUAACAAAUACACCAUUGUGCCAGGUGUUGAGAGUGGGGGAGGAUGGGCAUGUGUCAGGGAGGUGUAUAUGGGAACUCCACUUUCUGCUCAGUUUUGCUGUAAACCUAAAACUUUUCUUUAAAAAAGUCUGUAAAACAGAAAAAAGAACAGGGACAUUUUGUGACAUUGGAAGAGCAAUA